AUGAGCCUGAGACCACGUCUGGAGAGCAGCUCAGGAGAGAAGCUGAUCCGCCAUCGGAAGGCCAUCCCUACAGCUCACCUCACUUUCAUUAUCGACCUCACCUGUGGGAGACAGGUCUCCCUGGCAGCACCCCUGGUGCAACCUCAAGUCCCCAGGCACUAUGAAGGCCCUGUCACCUCCCCAAUGAAGACCCAUGUCGUGUUCUGUGGGCAGGACUGGCCCCAUAAGAGUCAAGAGGCUCCCUUUGGGAGGGAAUGCCCUGCCCAGACUGGAGACACUUUGCCACUCAGCAGAGAUAUUAGGGGCUCAGCUUCCCGUCCAGUUAGCUCACUCUGCCCCCAGAAGGGACCCGAACCCACAGAGAGCCACUUAAAAGCCGUGCCCACAAGGUCUUCAGCAUGGGGAACAGUCAAGGGCUCUCUCAAAGCCCUCUCCUCCUGCGUCUGUGGGCAGGUGGAGUAG